AUGCAGUUCAAACCUUUAAUCGCUUUGGCAGUUGCCACUUCAUUGGCUCAAGCUGCAGCACCACCUUUCCACUUGUACAGGAGAUACGAAAAUGCUACUGUCGCAUCUUCAUCAUCUGAAGGAUCAGCUUCCUCUUUCUCUUCUUCAGCAGAAGGUUCCUACGGAUACUCAGCCAGUGUCCUUCCUACUGAUCAAGCUGCAGCAGAGUCUUCUUCUCCAUCUUCAUUAUCAUCGUCGUCUGAUGAAUGGAUUACCUCAACUAUCAUUGACUACGUUACUGUUUCCGAUGCUUCAACCACUCAAACGUCAGCUACAAACACAUGGACUACCACUUAUCCAAAAUCAUCAUCCGACGAUGACACAUCCAUCACCUCAACUAUUGUUGAAUACGUCACCUUGACUUCAGGUAGCUCAACCUACACCUCAGCCACCAACACUGCUGUCACCGUUGUUGCAAACAGCAACAAAGCAGGAAGCUCAAGCGACACUACCACUUCAACCAUCACUUCCGUCGUCACCGUGACUGAUGGAAAUGGUUCAACCAAGCUUUCUACUGAAACCGGUGCUACAACUGAAACUGGAGCUGGCAGUGCAAAACAAACUGUUGCUGCUCAAUCAGCUACUGCUCCUGGAAACAACAACGACGCUUGUGUUGCUUCAACUGUUACUGUUACUGUUACCGCUGCUCCAAACACUACCGGAGCACCUGGUGCUGCUGCUUCUACUGCUGGAGACCAAGAUUCCACCAUUACCAUCUCAACUGAUGUUUACGUCACUUCAUACCCAAUUCAAGCUGCCUUCACCAACAGUGACACCACUACAACCAUCACAUCAUGGGUUGAUGUUACUCAAACCCAAUUACACACUUUUACUUCUUCCUUGAAUCACUACAACAAUGCCACUUCCACUGGUGCUGUCGCUCCAACUUAUGGAUCUUCUGCCUACACCAACUCCACUGUUCCAGCAACCAGUGCUUGGUAA